AUGUCUGAUGCAAGGGUGCUAGCUGAGCAGCAAAUAUGGGCAGCGGUGACUGAGGGAGCUAAAAAUCAAGCCUUCAAUUGCACAAAUGGUGAUGUUUUUACGUGGAAGAGUUUAUGGAAAGUCUUAUGUGAGGUCUUCGACGUUGGAUUUGUGGCCUGUGAAGAGAGUGAUGAGAAGUUUGAUUGGCUGGGGAUGAUGAAGGGUAAAGGCAAAAUGUGGGAUGAGAUUGUUGAGAAGUAUGAGUUGUUAGAGACUAAGAUUGAGGAUAUUACUUGUUUCGAAGCACUUAAUGUGGUUUUGAAUUACAGGUUUCAACAUUUCUGUAGCAUGAUUAAGAGUAGGGAAUUUGGGUUUCUAGGGUAUGCUGAUACACUCAAGAGUAUUCAAAUGUGGGUGGGCAGAUUGGGAGCCAUGAAAAUGAUACCACGAAGAUGA